CAUUAUAGCCAUCUGUUUACUUUUCUAUCUUUGUUUAGUAAACUGAUUGAAGAUUCCGUGAGAGAAUAUGGCUGAAUGUUUAAGUAUAGAUGUUAAAGAAGAUGAUAUUGGCACUAACGAGGCACAUAGUAGAGCAUAUCGCUUCGAUCCAAAGGUUAGCAACUUGGAAAGAAUCUUCCUUAUCGCCAACUUCAUUCUAGAGCUUCCAUCAGCUGCUUUUGAUCAGCUAUCGUCAGUGCAUAAGCCCCAAUAUGCACUCCUAAGUAUGCUAUUAUCUUUCACCAUCUUGAUCAUUUCUAUCUGUGAUCUUGUUUACAAGGGUCAAAAAGGAGGAGUAACUUGGAUGAAGAAAGGGUGGAUACCUUGGCUUUAUUAUCCAUACCAAAAUUCCAAGCCUUUUGGAACAUUUCCUGACAUAGUUGGAUUACUUUGUGCCAUCUUUCAGUCCAUUUUUGCAUCAUUGUCAUAUGCCUUGUUGUGUCGACAGGUUAAUAAUCCUAUCAAAGUGUCUGUUUUCCCUAUUAUCUUUGCUUCUGGUCUAUUGUAUUCUAGACUGCUAGGAUUUUCUCCACAAAAGAGGUCAACCCCACAUGUAAGAAGGUUGAGUAGAGCAGUAGAAUUUACUCUGCCUGACCUCGCUGCUGCAACCAAUGAUUUUUCAUUACAGAACAAGAUUGGUGUUGGGAGUUUUGGUGUUGUUUAUAGAGGGAAACUAGCAGAUGGUAGUGAAGUGGUGGUAAAGAGAGGGGAGAGAGGUGAAGAAAGGAAGUUUUCUGAAGAGGAACACAGGGCUUUUGAAUCUGAAUUGGAAUUCUUGUCAAGGCUUCACCACAAACAUUUAAUUAGGCUUAUUGGGUAUUAUGAAGAUGAGAAUUACUGGCUUUUAGUUUAUGAGUUCAUGAAGCUUGGAACCCUAUAUCAGCAGUUACAUGACAAGAACAUAAAUGAAAAGAAUAAUAGUGUGAUCAAUUCUUGGAAAAUGAGGAUCAAGAUUGCCUUAGAUGCUGCUAGAGGAAUUGAAUAUCUUCACAAUUAUGCAGUGCCACCGGUUAUUCACAGACAAAUAAAGUCUUCUAAUAUCUUGAUCGAUGCAAAUUGGACAGCAAGAGUUGCAGAAUUUGCAUUCUCAUUGAAGGCUCCAGAAUCAGAACAUGGUUACAGGACAUUAAGUGCAGUAGGAACAGUUGGGUAUAUCGAUCCUGAGAACUAUAGUCGAAAUGUAUUAACCGCAAAAAGUGAUGUGUAUAGUUUUGGUGUGGUAUUAUUAGAACUUCUGACAGGAAAGAGAGCUAUAUUCCAGGAUGACGAUAGUGGAGGAAGUGUCGUGGAUUUUGCAGUGCCCAAAAUUAUGUCUGGCGAAUUUGUUAGGGCUUUAGACCCUAGGGUUAGUCAGCCAGAGCUUAGUGAAGCAGAGGCAGUAGAGAUGGUGGCAUAUACUGCACUUCAUUGUGUGAAUUUGGAAGGGAGAGAGAGGCCAAAAAUGAUUGAUGUAGUAGCUAAUUUGGAGCGAAGUUUGUCUAUAUGUGAUGCUAGUAGAGAUAAUGAUCAGUAAUCUGACACAGGGUAGGAGUAGAUUUCUCUUAUGGUUGAUCAGAUGUGGUAGAGGAGUAAAUUGACCAGUAAAAUCAAUUAGAGGUAUCAGAUAGGUAAUGAAGCUAAUGGGUUGACAGAAGUUUCUUCCAUAUAUAGUACAAAGUUUUCCAUUUUUGUUGGUGAGUUUCAGUUUCCCUUUCAA